AUGGGGGACUACGAAGGGUACUGCAUCGCAUGUGGGCAUUUCUUGACCUUCCAAUCCACCUUCACGGCUGCACAGAAGCUGGCAGCCAUCGGUUUGCAUCUCUACGAUUGGUGCCUGAAGGCAAGCAAGCCCAUUUUAGAAGAAAGAAGGGUCAAGUGGCGCGGGCUAGAACUAGCUGAAAUGGAAAAAAUGGCCCAGCAUUUCUUCAUACCACCCGAGGAAGAAGGAGACGUAGAGGACGCAUCGGUACCUGCGGAGCAGGAAUUUAACGAGGAAGAAGCAGUUUGGGCCCCUCUUCCUGAUGAUGAUAAUGCCGACUGCAUGGUGAAAGAGGAGCGAUCCGAGCCUGCUAAUGAGCCCUCUGAGGUACUGAUCGAAAUCGAUAACGAGGAGCCACAGCAGGAGUUUCGAGAGCUUGUCCUAAGAAACAAAACAGUUGCAAUAUCAGUUCCUCUCAGUUGGAAGAGAGUUGUAAUGGCAUCAGAAGCUUUCCGUGCUGCGAAUUCGGAAGGUCUUCCGCACCAAUUCAAGCGGAAGUUGCAAGAUUCUACAAAUGCUCAUCGAUGGCAGUCAUACCUUAGUUGCUUUUGUGCUAUCUGUGGUCAUUACUUGGCCUUCCCAUCCACAUCAAUGGCUGCGCAUAAGCAGGCAGCCGUAGAAAUAUAUGCUUACGAAUGGUGCCCGAGGGCACACAAGUCGGUUUUGGAUGAAAGUAAGGUCAGGAGGCGCAGACUACAAUUGCUGGGGAGGAGGAAAUGGCGCAAAAUUUCUACAUGA